AUGGAGAGAUUAAUAAAAUCAUCUUCAGCUAAUAACCCUGAUAAGCAGCUAGUAGUCUCAAAUUCUGAUGUAUCUCCUAUGUUAGAACUACACAUGGUGCCUUAUGGGACUACUGAAGUAGGAGAAGAAGUUGAAGAGUCUCCAAUUCCACUUACCAUUCUAAAUGAAGUUGGAUGCUGGAAUGUCAGAGGAAAUGGGAAAUGGAGUUGUGUGGUGUCCGUGGUAUAUGGAGAUAAUUUUCCAGUUAAGCAUGUUGAUCUGUGGACUGAUUUAGUAGCUAGACAUGUAGGGUUUGCAUACUUGCCAUGGGCGGUCAUGGGAAACUUCAAUUCGGCUCUAUCUCCUUCAAAAGUGGAAGAUGGUUCUUCUUCUUGGUUUGCAUGGCAAGACGAUCUUGGGAAUUGCUUGGCAACAGUAUAUUGGUCUUCCAUAUUUAUUUUACCUAAGGCUAUGAUCAAGCAAGUGGAAGCUACUCUACGUGCCUUCUUGUGGAAGGGUUGUGACCUUGGCACCGGAGAGACUAAAGUAGCGUGGACCAUUUGCAAGGAUUCUGCCUCUUCUCUUUGGGUUUCGUGGGCACGAAGUUACUUACUUAAAGGUCGAAGCAUUGAGGAAUUGAAGUGUCCUGGGGAUUGCUCUUGGAGCUGGAAGAAGAUUCUUAAGAUUGCUGGUGAAAGGAUCAUUCAUGAAUCUAGAUUGAGUAGAUUAGCUAAGGUGGCUAAUAUUGUUGAGGGUGAUAGUUGGAGGUGGUCAUCAUCUCGUUCCCCAGUGUUGUCUGAUCUAAUGCAAGAUGCACUUGAUACUUUUCGGCCGGAUAGUACUAGAGAGGAUGUCUUGAGAUAUAUGGAUGAUGUGCAUGGAGUCUUCUCUGUUCGGAGUGCUUCGGAGUCUAUUCGACUUCGUUUCCCUAAGGUGACUUGGUAUCACAUUGUAUGGUUUCCUAAGUAUAAUCCCCGUCAUGCAUUUAUCCUUUGGCUAGCAAUUUAG